GAGUCAGGAGACUACAGUUUCUCUGUAAGCCUUUAUCUAGUGCAGUUCAGGAGCCUAACUACAAAGCCUGUGGCUGGAGGGUCCACAGGGCCACACGAGCCUUGCUCAGCUUCCCUCUUGUCCACGGAGGCCUCUGCUUCCUCGGCAAUUCAUCCCACACUGGCUGUGGUGGCUGCCUGGAUCCUGCCCUGCCCUGAUCUCUUCUCCUCAGAGCAUCCUUAGUCCUUCCCUUCCUGCCCCAUCCCAGCUGAGAAGAGGACCUAUGGCCUGGGAGGCCACAUGCCUGCUGUCCCCCAUCCUGCUGGUGCUCCUGGCCUCAGGCUCCUGGGCACAUGACACAGUGUUACAUCAUACAGUGGAAGGCAAGACCGUUUUUGUGAGAUGCCACUAUGAUCCCAGCCAACGCUUCAAGGAGAAGGUGUGGUGUCAGGAAACACCAGGAAAAACUUGUAAAAUCUUAGUGUCCACAAACACCACAGAUGCUCAGCAGUCAAAAUUCUUCCUCCAGGACUAUCCUGAUUAUCAAUUCUUCACUGUCACCAUUACUGCACUCACGGUGAGAGACUCGGGUCCUUAUUUCUGUGGGAUCGCUGAAAAUCUCACAACGAUCUCUGUUCUCAGAAACAUCUACCUGAAGUUGUCAAAAGAUUCCUCAGGUCUGCCCACCCUAAGCAUCACUCCUACUACAAGCCCAACUAAAGCUCCCAUCCUUAUUACCACAAAGGUCUCCAUAUCCAGCAUCGUUGUUCUCGUGGUCUGUGGACUCUUCAUUAAGACCCUGGUCUUCACUGUCUUGUUUGCUGUCACACAGAGGUCAUUUGGGUGACAGACCAUGAAACCACAUGACAGUGACCUCUGACUUUCAGCCAUGUUUGUCUCACAGGACGAGCUGAGGGUGGGUACUAAAGAGGAACUGUGACAUGAAUUGAGCCUGUAAUCAUGGGUGACAUCUAAGGCUCAGGAUGUCCCUUGCUGGCCCUGCCCAACCUCUUCAUUCCCUCCAUCAUCUUGGGUAUGUGCUCUGCACCCUCAGAAGAGGGUAAACAGUGUCCAGCACCCUCCAGCCAUUCUGCCUGAGUAGAUGAGUUGGCCUGAAAUAAAGCCAGAGCCAGUGCUUC